AGUGCAACUUGUUUAAAUAAACUAAAUAUCUCCGCUGAUUUUAUAUCAGAACUCAGACUCCGUUUAAUUCGCCUGCGUUCCAUACCUCAGAAGGCACAAAAUUCGUAAAUUUAAGAGGCAGUACCACCGCAUGCUCUGUUUUCUAACGACAUAUUUCAUCCUCAUGACGGUGCCGAGCUCGCCCAGGGGAAGUUCCGAUCAGCAUAGAUCCGAGAUUUCAAACCAAGUAACUUCCACAAAUUUCCUACCGUUAGAAGCAUUCAAAAUUUUCCGUAGCCUGCGGGCUCCUCGGCGUAGGUGGGCUCCAUCUUCAGUGUCCGGAAAUGAAGGGUUCAAAUCAACUGUGCACUGGGUGUGCCGAUUGUGGCAAAAAGUUGGACCCGCAUUUAAGCCUGAAUUCCCAUUUCGGGACGUCUUCUUUAACGACAUCCUUUUACCAAACCAGUCCUCUCCAGUCGCUGAUUGAGCCCCAUCCCAUCGAUGCCCGUCCCAGCACGAGUUCAACCAGAAAAGAACAUUUGGGUGGCUGCAGGUGAUGGCGAUUUAGUCAGAGUUCGAGUACGUAACUUGUCUUCGCUUACGGUAGGUGCUGAGCUUAUCUCGUUCCUUCAGGAACUUGUUGAACAGCAGUGCAGGUAUCAUUUUAUAGUUCACA